GAGUGUGAUAACAGUGCUCGGAAGAUUUGUUGGCUUCGUGUCAGUGUUUCCCAGCAGCCUGCUGCGCUCACGGAUUAUUCUCCAACAGAGCCUGGAUUAUGAGAGCAGGAAGAGACUGUCACCCUCAUGGCUGCAGCAGGGAAGAUCUCAUUGGACGGGUCGCUGCAGAACUCCAGCUGUGAGCUGCAGGACAAGAUGAGACGCCUGGGCUCCAGCUCAGAAGAUCGCCCCCGCCUCACCGGCGCCCUCUCCUGCCUGAAGAGUGCCAAUGAAGCAGGUGAGAUGAGACGCAGCUCUGAGCCCCAACAGGACAGUGAUGCCUUCUCUCCCAUUAGCCCCCCCUCUGGCUUUGUCAGCCCCUCCUCCCCCCUUCCACCAACCAGUGCCCACGGCCGCUCCAUCUCCAUAUCAGUGGUACCAUGUUCAGGAGAUCACAAACCUAUCUCAUUGGCUGAGGACGCGUUCCUGCCCAACACCCCUCCAGCCUCUCGAGCCUCGAAGGCACGCACUGCCCUGCCCUCCCAGACCCCCCCGCCAGCCUCCCGCAAACUGCUGCAGCUCCUCCCCAACAUCACCCUGCCCAGGAGCAAGAGUCAGGAGUCCCAGCUGGCCAACCGCAUCGAGGUUCCGGCUACACACAGAGGCGGUAAGAGGAACAAAGUGUUGGGGGCUCUUCACAUCAACGGGAACACUCCUGAUGACUCGGCGCUGCGCUCCCCCCCGCUCUCUGCCCGAACACCUGGCCCCGUCCCGGCCUCAGCCCCCUACAUGAUGGACAAUGUCUCCAUGCACAGGGGUUCCCCUCAGACAAUGAGGAGAGACAUUGGCCUGGCUGUCACUCACAGGUUUUCUACCAAGUCCUGGCUCUCCCAGACGUGCCAAGUGUGUCGCAAGAGCAUGAUGUUUGGCGUCAAGUGCAAACACUGCAAGUUAAAGUGCCACAACAAAUGCACCAAAGAGGCUCCCUCCUGUCGGAUAUCAUUUCUCACAUUGCCCAGGAUGCGGAGGGCAGAGUCAGUGCCGUCAGAUAUCAAUAACCGGAUUGAUCACACAGUAAUGAUCCCACUGCAGUUCGGCACUUUACCUAAGGCAAUAACCAAAAGGGAGCACCCCCCCAGUUUGAGCCAGCUGGACUCCAGCAGUAACCCAUCAUCCGCCACCUCCUCCACACCUUCCUCCCCGGCACAUUUCCAGCACAACAACCCCCCCAGUGUGAGCACCACCCCCCCAUCCAACCCGUCACCACAGGCCUCCCGGGACAGCCGCUUCAACUUCCCAGAUGUUCCUGAGUCCACACACACUGCUGUUCAACAUGCUGGCAGCUCCAGUCAGUCUGGACUGUCGCAGGUGGCCUUCACUGACACACAGCUGUCAGCGACGCAGCGAGGGGGGGAGGAAGACUACCCAGCUAAAGAUGAGGAAGCAGGCGAAGAUGGCGACACAAACCAGAGCUUUUCCCCUGAGGAGGGGGAUGCGGACGGGCUGGAGGAACUGCCUUCUUCCAUCUGCCGCCGGGGGGCCGUUGGCCGCCGGAGGGGGCCGUUAUCUCGUAUGGCCAGCCAUACCAGCGUCUACCUGCAGGAGUGGGACAUCCCGUACGAGCAGCUGGAGCUGGGAGAGCUCAUUGGCCAGGGCCGCUGGGGGAAGGUUCAUAAGGGCCGCUGGCACGGGGAGGUGGCCAUCCGCCUGAUGGAGGUGGACGGGAACAACCAGGACCACCUGAAGCUCUUCAAGAAGGAGGUGAUGAACUACAGGCAGACCAGGCACGAGAACGUCAUCCUGUUCAUGGGCGCCUGCAUGGCCCCCCCACACCUGGCCAUCAUCACCAGCUUCUGUAAAGGUGUGACUCUAUACUCUGUUGUAAGAGAACGAGGUCACCUGUUAGACAUCAAUAAGAUCAGGCAGAUUGCACAGGAUAUUGUAAAGGGAAUGGGCUAUCUGCAUGCCAAGGGAAUAAUUCACAAGGACCUGAAGUCCAAGAACGUGUUCUACGACACCAACAAGGUGGUCAUCACAGACUUUGGCCUGUUUGGGAUGUCAGGAGUGGUUCAGGAAGGCAGAAGAAAGAAUGUGUUGAGGAUACCUCAGGGCUGGAUCUACUACCUGUCUCCAGAGAUUGUUCGAGAGAUGAGCCCGGAGGUGGAAGAGGACCAGCUUCCCUUCUCCAAUGCUGCUGACGUCUAUGCAUUUGGCACAAUCUGGUAUGAGCUGCAGGCGGGCGACUGGCCAAUGAGCAGACAGCCUGUGGAGGCCAAGAUCUGGUUGGUGGGCAGCGGGGAGGGCAUCAGGGGGGUGCUGGCAGUGGCCAACCUGGGCAAGGAGGUCACGGAGAUCCUGAGCGCCUGCUGGUCCCCCGAGGUGGACGGCAGGCCCUCCUUCACCCAGCUGGCAGACAUGCUGGAGAAGCUGCCCAAACUCAACCGCAGGCUGUCUCACCCCGGACACUUUUGGAAGACCCCUGAGUAGGUAUCAGAGAACAAUUCCAGGGUGGACCGACCUACAACACAAACACAUCCACAAAAAGGGAGUCUUCAUCGUUUGAUUGUUGUCGUCUACAUUUUGUAAGCAGAAAAAAGAUGGAGCUCAAAAGAUUUUGUAAAGAAAUGUGAAUAUUAUGAAGCUGCCCUGCUGAGUAUCAAGUCAUUUUUUUUUUUAUACAGAUUAUUUUUGGGCCGGUUUAGCCUUUAUUAGAGAGAUAGAUUUGCAAGAGGAAGAUAGAGGGGGGUCUUAAAAGGACCGCAGGCCAGAUUUGGAAGGAACCAAGUCCUGGUAUAUUGUAUUUUUAGGAAAUAGUAUUUUUGCUAUGCCUGGUGGGAUUUGUUGCUCCCUCUAUGCUUCCUUCGUCUGCUUUUGCCACUGAUAAUAUUUCUCACAGUCAGCAGUUAUGUCCUCUAUUGUUUUCCUGAUUUGUCUCCUCUCCUUUUCCCUCUCUUUGUGCUUUCCUCUCCUCUGGGUGCUGACCGAUCCCCCUCCCCUGUUCCUGUUGGGUCUGAUCUCCACUCCCGCACACUUUUCACCAUCCUCUGUUUCCCUUUGUUUCCACUUCUUCUUAUCUCUGCCUUCUUCUCCUGCUGAAGGCCUUGGGAUCAUCAUCACUGCCUGAGAGAUCAGUGCCCUCAGGGUCUGCACGCACACCGAACAUACAUGAACAAAUUCAGCAGCUGAGGCUACCAACAAAUUAUAUUGGCUUGAGCAAAUGUUAUCAAUAUUAUUUAAAAGAACAGUUUCCAUCACGUCCUGCUGUUAAUGUGUGACUAAUAUCUGUAUUGAUUGUUAUCAUGACUUUGCGUACAUGUGAUUCAAUGUCAAUAUGCAGGUUAUGAUGGCAGUCUGUUAGCAGGGGGAGGGUCAUGUGACAGAGGGAGGGAGAAUCUGUAAGAUCCCCUUCUGUACUCAUUGUAAGUAGGCUUAUUCAACUUAAAUUGUACAAAAUAAUUGUCGCACACAUCGUUCGUGGAUAUCUUGUCGUAUCAUGAGGAUUACUUUCACGUCACAUUAGCUGCUACAUUCUCAGUGUUAACAUUGAGGCAGGUUUCCUUUGUUAACCUUUGUACCAGCUGGUGCCUCCCACGGUUCAACCACAAGCUGCUUUAUCCAAUACAAUUCACUUCAUUUCGCUUUUAAAGUGACUUACAUACACUCAGAUUACCGUACACAUUAGAACAGUUAACCUCAUUGCAUCGAGUUCUAAUUGUUUGAGAAGAAAAGAUAAAAAGGGUUGGUUCACCUUUUUUCCCCCAUUUACCUAUAAGGUAAAUAUCUUUCCGUUAAGUUAUGUUUUAUUAUUAGGGUUUCAGACAAAUUGGAUCCCUCUCUGAGACUGCACUAAAACGACUUCCUUUGGAAACUGGCAUUGGGGAAGACUAAUCCACAGUGACCAGAAUACAUUCAGAAAUAGGAGUCCAGUAAUAGCGACCAUCACUGUGGUCCAUACUUUAAUGUCUUAACUACUCUGAGAUGCGAUGACACUUUCUCAGAUAUUCAUGGUCCCCAGAUGUUGAAUUAAUACAACUUUCUUUAUUAGCUGACUAUUUAUGUAGCACCAUAAUCCAGUUUCCCCAAUACUUUAUGACCAAAUAUCUGCAGAUUUAAUGGCAGUCCCAUCAGCACCAGCUAACCAAACUAAGAUGGUAAACAUGCAACCUGCUGGCUAGACACUAGCAUCUUAGCAUUGUCAUUGAGCACAUGAUAUUAGCAUUUAGUGAGGUACCACUACAGUAGAUAGUAACUUUCCUUGGAAAUGGGUACUCCCCGAAAAUAUUAAACUAUAUUGAAACAUUGCCUUAUGCUGAACAUCAAAAAUAUUUGACAUGACGCUUGAAACUUUAGAUUCAGGCCUUUAUGAUUGGAUGCUCAUAAAUGACUGUAUGUUGGGCAGCUUUAGCAUGCUCUAACAAACAGAUAAAACUGUCACAUGACUUGCUGUUUCAAUACAUUAUGUGUCAUCUAUAGAGUGGUGCAGCGAUGAGGUCAUUUUUGUAGGCUGACCCAGCAGUUAGCAUAAUUUAGCCACUUGUUAGCAACCACAGUUUUUAUGACACAGAAGCUUCGGACUUUCACCAGUGGGGUUUUUCCUGAUGUACUUUAUUCCGAAGAACAAAACGAUAAAAUCUCUUAAGCUUGUGUUCCCCACAGACCUCAUCUUAGGCCUCUAACCACAAAAGCGUUCAGAAAAAACAUUGACUUUGAGACGAGGGAAUCGGAAGGGUAAAAUGCUAACUCAUUUCAGGGUUUUAGGACUAAUUCCUGCACCACACUAUGGAUCAGAUGGCAAGUGAUACCUCCCACACUGAGAUUUCAUGAGAGCUAUUUGUUCAGUCUUACUUUGAUUCUGCAGGAAAACAAUGAGCUGUGGACAAAACUUUAAUCAAUAAAGUCAUUUGACACAGGUUUUAGUAUUUCCCUCCCAUGAGUGUCCCUCUGCAUGUGUGUGUGUGUGUGUGUGUGUGUGUGUGUGUGUGUGUGUGUGUGUGUGUGGU